UUACCGGAAGGCUGGAAAUGGGAUGUGCGAUUCCACCCACACAGCAAAGUAUCGGGAAGCUGGACCUGCCGGCCGCUCGAUGAUAACGAACCUCCGUCCUUCCCACUCACGAUUACCGGUGCCCCCGCAGUGCUACCGGUCGACUACCGAUGGCCACCAAAAGGCGGUGUUAACCCGCCUUCGGACCCGAGGUCAUCCAAUCCAAUCGAUUGUCGUGCAGAGAUCUCUGUAGACAUCGUGCAGGAUAUCCUCCUCACCUUUGAAGGCUGCGUUGGCUUCUAUCUACUUAUCAACGGACCACUGCAGAUCAUAGUACCGGAGGAAUUUGACACUGCGGUAAGCUUCGCAUAUACCCCACACGUACGGAGGACUGAAGGUCUGCUACAUAAACUAGAUUCCGAAGCCAAAGAUUUUCCGACGAGGACACAGAGUCCGCAAACGAAUCCUCCUAUCAACGUGAGAAGUAUGCUGACGCUUUCCAUCAACGAUGCUAUCAGCGCUUCCGGUAAGAAGCAGAAGCGCAGGUUCGAGGGUAGGAUUGGACCCAAAGUGGUCAAAGAUGGUGACCCGUGCCUCGUUAUGUCAUUCCACGUAAUCACCGGGGCGAUAUCAGCUAGGACGCUACCUAUUAAAUCUCUCGAUCCUCGCCUCGAGAGACCGAAAGACAGCUGGAAGGAACAGGUUGAAAUAAUCGCACUGGGGACGUCAAGUACGAUAGAGAAGACGUACGAUGAAGCAGCUCAAUUUUAUCCGGACGGGUUUCCACAUGACAUCAUCCUGAUCAAGCUACUAGGUUCAACAGCGUCCCAACGAGAUGCUAAAACAACGAGGUGCUGGCAUGACUCAGACACAGUCAUCGCGGGUGAAAGUAUCCUCUUAAACAUGUGGGUCACUGGAUCGAAGCCGUUGAGAGAUCUCGACAGGUCCGUUUGGAAGAGGCUGGUCUCACGAGCUGUCCUGUACCGUUUUAGUCUAGAUUUUGACCUGCCGACUGGGAACAGUGGUAUAGCGUUGUAUGCGAAUGGCACUUGGGAAGAUAUUACUCAUGGAAGUGGAGUACUUGGGUUUCAGAGCUUAGUACAGCGAAGCAAACUUUCGUAACUUCGAAGUGGAGGGAGAUGCACUGGAGAAGAGAUUAAAGACAGGUAGGAUCGGGUUCUACAGUGCAUUUCAGAUACCAGAUGAGCUAUGGGAGUAGUACAGUAUUGCUUGUUGAGUGUGUAUUAGAAGAUGCGGCUUCCGCCGCUUUCAUUCAUUUGAAUGAUCCGGCCACUUGCGCGCAACCCAACGCAACCUGCACCACCGUGAGGAAGACGACAACGGUUGAAAAACAGCGUAAAUGUUAGGUACUUUGUCGCAGCCAUGAUUGUUAACUCACAGAAAAGUCCAGAAUUGAAAUCAUCUUUGCGAUCGCGAAAGAGAACCCAGAAGCUCCAAGGCCUCGAGGUCUGGAGAUGUUGAUCAAGACGAAACAGCAAUGUUCUUGAG